AUGGCCUAUGUCACCUCCGUGCCUAAACUCUACAGAUCUGUAAUUGAAGAUGUCAUUGAAGGAGUGCGGGAUCUAUUUGCUGAAGAAGGUAUAGAGGAACAAGUCUUAAAAGACCUGAAGCAGCUCUGGGAAACAAAGGUUUUGCAGUCUAAAGCAACAGAAGACUUCUUCAGAAAUAGCAUCCCUUCACCUCUGUUCACGCUUCAGUUGCCACACAGCUUGCACCAAACAUUGCAAUCAUCAACAGCAUCGUUAGUUAUUCCUGCUGGUAGAACUCUUCCCAGUUUAAACACAGCAGAACUGGGCUCCUCAAACUCCAGUGCAAACUUGACUUUUCCUGGUUAUCCUAUUCAUGUACCAGCAGGUAUGAUACUACAGACUGCAUCUGGUCACCUUUAUAAAGUCACUGUACCAGUUAUGGUGACACAGCCUUGUGGAAGAGAAGCUAUUCUUCAUCACCCAAUUCAGCAAGUAUUUCAGCAGCUUGGGCAGCCUUCAAUAACACAGAGCAAUGUUCCACGACUGAACCCAUGUUCUCUUCAAGCAACUACUGAAAAAGCACAGCGAAUGGAGACUGUGUUCCAACAACCCACAGUUCUUUAUUCUGGGACAGUGGAUAAGAAGCAUUUAGAAAAUGCCACCAGUGAUAUACUUGUACCUCCUGGAAAUGAGCAUAAAAUCAUGCCUGAAGCUUUGUUGAGUCAGCCGGAGGGCUCUCAGUCUAUCCAUCUUCCAGGUGUUGUAUUUCCUCCACAGGUCUUUCAAACAGAUGCUGACGUGGAGCCUUUGCUCUGUGUUCCAGCAAGCCUGACUCCAAAUCGGCAUGGUGGGCCCCUCUCCCCAGGCCCUCAAGGGGCUCAGCACCAGCACAUGUCUGAUAUCCAGCUUUGUGCUCUUAGAAAUAAAAUGCUUGGAUGUGAUUCUGUAAAGCAGCCAAGAAAUACAGAGAAGCCCAGCAGCCUGCCUAUCUCAGAGAAGGAUUCUAAUUCUCAGAUGGAUUUAAGAAUUCAGAUAACCGAUGAUGAUAUUAAUGAGAUAAUUCAAAUAGAUGGAACUGGUGAUACAUCUUCCAAUGAUGAAAUAGGAAGUACAAGAGAUGUAGAUGAGAAUGAAUUUCUGGGGAUUAUUGAUGGAGGAGACCUAAAGGUACUUGAAGAAGAAGCAGACAGUAUAUCAAAUGGAGAUUCAACUGCCAACAGUAGUGAUAAUGAAGACCCUCAAAUAGAAAUUGUGGAAGAGGACCCUUUAAAUUCUGGAGAUGAUGUCAGUGAGCAGGAUGUGCCAGACCUGUUUGACACAGAUAAUGUAAUUGUCUGUCAGUAUGACAAGAUUCAUCGAAGCAAGAACAAAUGGAAAUUCUAUUUGAAAGAUGGUGUUAUGUGUUUUGGAGGGAGAGACUAUGUAUUUGCAAAAGCCAUCGGUGAUGCAGAGUGGUAAAACUUAUGAGCUCCAUACAUCAUAAACAUCUGUAGGACUAUAUCAUGUAUUGUAAAACUUAUUUUUAUUUAAAUAUAGCCCACAGAGCUCAAGUUUUUAGUUCACUGUAUGGAAUUUAAUAAAAUUAUAAUUCAGAAGCAGAUACAAAUACAC